AUGGCCCCUAGCCAGGUGCUGUAUCUUCCCGAGAGCCCCCAUCUUGACAUCUCGGACACGGACACCAGCCCGGGAAUAAGACCAACCUUGGAUUUGUCCCCGGGUGCUAUGAACGAAAAACUGAGUGACGACCCCGCGGCGAUUUCGAGCGACAACUCAGACAAAGAAGAAGAAGAAACCUAUACAUACGACGUUACGCGCGACUGCAAAUCGCAACAAAACACCCAGCAGACCGAAAUAGUAUGGCAAUACUUGACCUUCGAUACCGAACUCCCACUCCCCACUACGAUCCAUCCACAACAACCCAGCCAAGUGCUACCGCCUCCACCUCCAGAUCUUGUCAAAUACACGAAUCCUUUCGACUGGUCUGAAACUAGGAAGAGAUUUAUCAUAUGGACAUCAUGUGUCAUCACCGCCCUCACUGCAUUCUCGGCUGGAUCUUAUAGCCCAGGCGUCGAGCAGAUGACGAAAGAAUGGGGUGUGAGCAAGGUUGCAGCACUGUGUGGCAUUACAACGUUUACUACUGGCUUUGCCCUUGCCCCCAUGUGCUUGGCCCCAUUUUCUGAAAUCAACGGCCGCCGACCUGUCUUCCUCGCUUCCGGGGUUGUUUUUGUCAUCUGUCAACUAUGCUCCGGCCUGACGCGCUCAUUAGCCGGGAUGCUGGUCACACGCUUCUUCUUAGGCAUCGGUGGCUCGACCUUCUCGACAAUGGUUAGUGGCGUCGUGUCAGACAUAUAUCAUCCUGAAGAGCGUAACACGCCCAUGGCUCUCUUCACUGGCGCAGCCCUGUUCGGCACCUCCUCUGGUCCUCUUGUAUGUGGCUUCAUUGCGCAAAACACCACCUGGCGUUGGAUUUUCUACACGCAAGCAAUCUCAUGUGGAGUCCUGGUGGCACUCUUGUUUGUGGUAUUCAAAGAAACUCGAGGAUCUGUUCUGCUAUCAAGAAAAGCCAAGGCCUUGAACAAGUGGUACUGUGCUCGAGAAGAAGCAGGCUACUUUGGCUUCAACGUCUUGGACGGUCACAAACCCGAAUCCACGACCUCGCUGCGUUUACGUUGGAAAGUAAAAUCCGACGAAGAGCGCGCAUCCCUCAGCAAGAUGAUUAGCAUCUCUCUGUCCCGGCCGUUUUACCUCCUUUUCACAGAGCCGGUCGUUUUUUGGUUCUCGAUGUGGAUUUCUUUCGCCUGGGGAAUACUAUACCUGACUCUGGCUGCUAUCCCGCUAGUUUUUCGAAGCAUACAUGGAUUUUCGCUGCAGGAAGCCAAUGCCGUCUUCGCCUUCAUGACCGUAGCUAGCAUUCUGGCAACGAUACUAUCCAUAUAUCAAGAAAAGAUUGCAAAACGAUAUGGAAAGGCAACAGGGACAGCAGAGAGCCGAUUGUACUUUGCAUGCAUCGAGAGUGGCUUCAUGCCAAUUGGGCUAUUCAUGUUUGGAUGGACAAGCUUUGAGAAGAUAAGUUGGGCUGCUCCUGCCAUUGCAAUCGGCAUUGCGAGUAUCGGCAUCUUCUCAAUCUAUCUGGCGACGUUCAACUUCCUGGCCGACACGUACCAUCGCUAUGCAAGCUCGGCAAUAGCUGCACAGUCCUUUUGUCGAAACAUUCUCGGUGGUGUAUUCCCACUUAUCACUGAAAGAAUGUACAAAUCGCUUGGCUAUGGCCCAGCAAGUAGCCUGUUAGGUGGCAUUGGCGCGCUCCUGACCAUCGUACCUUGGAUAUUAGUCUUUUAUGGGCCUAGAAUUAGAGCAAGGAGUAAGUUUGCAAGUGAGAUUAUGAACGGAGCGGACUGAGCAUGUGGUCAUGUGGUGCGCUGCAGAUGGUUUAGCAUAGUAGAACACAAGCAUGGUAAUAGGCGGUUAAGGUGUGGAUUUCAUGCAGCGCUGGCGACAAAAUCAGGGCUAUUGGUUACGAAUAUUUACGAGGAUACGGCCGAUAUAUCUCAUCAUCAAGGUUAGACACAAGUUAGAGUAUACC